AAUAAGAAUAAUAAAAAAGUAACCAGUACACCAACAGCAUAUGAUAUAUAAUACAUGUACAUUCGGAAACAGCGGAAUUUUAUUUGAUGGUAUUAUAUAUAGUUAGUACAGAGCACAGAGGUAUUUAAUCUGCAGCAACUCCCACUUCAAAAAUUAAACUUACAAGCAUUAUCCAUGUGUCAGAGGAACCGCCGGUCAAACAACGGACACCUGCUAAUCUAUUAUAUCUAUCGUCUUGAAGUUGAGCUCUGCAGUCAGGCCUUUUAGUAUCAUUAGUCGCAUGCCUGGCCUAAGGAUGACCAAUUUACGAAAAUUUAUUGAUAUCGGAGCUAAUUUGUUGGACCCGAUGUAUCAAGGAAUUUACAACGGGUCUCAAAAACACCACCCAGAUUUGGAAGUUGUCUUGCAGAGGAGUUGGGAAAAUAAUUUGUCCAGGAUUAUUAUCACUGCUGGGAGUCUUGAUGAAAGUAGGAAAGCUCUCGAGCUUGCUAGAACAGACGCCAGAUUAUUCACGACAGUGGGAUGUCACCCGACACGGUGCAACGAAUUUGAGGACUCAGGUGAUCCAGAAAGCUACUUGAAGUCCAUGACUGACCUGGCCGCUGAUAACCGCGAUAAAAUAGUGGCUAUUGGUGAAAUGGGAUUGGAUUAUGAUAGAACAAAUUUUUGCUCUAAAGACACUCAGAAGAAAUACUUUGAGAUGCAACUUUCUCUUUGUUCGACGCUAAAGUUGCCGAUGUUUUUACAUUGCCGUAACGCUGCUGAUGAUUUUGUUAGUAUUCUUAGAAAACAUAAAGAUAAACUCACUGAAGGCGUCGUUCAUUCGUUCGAUGGCAAUCCAGAAGACGCCAAUAGUAUUUUGCAAUUAGGACUGUAUAUUGGGAUCAAUGGGUGUUCGCUCAAAACAGAAGACAAUCUUUUUACAGUAACAACCAUUCCUUCGGAUAGACUUAUGAUUGAAACAGACUGCCCAUGGUGUGAAAUACGGCCUACACAUGCAUCUGCUAAAGAUGUAAUAACCCAUUUUCCAUCAGUUAAAAAAGAAAAAUGGCAAGAAGACAAAAUGGUUAAAGGUCGUAAUGAGCCUUGUACAAUAGUACAAAUAUUGGAAGUACUUGCGCGUGUUAGAGAUGAAGAGGAAGAAUAUCUUUGUAACCAAAUAUACAAAAACUCAAUGAAAGUAUUCUUCCCCUAUGAAUUGUAAUGAUAUAUAUUUUAUUUGUGAUUUUUUUAUAUUUAUAUAUAUACGUAGAUAUAUAAAUAAUAAUAUGCAAUUAUAUGCAUUACCAUAAGCGUAAACUACUAACGCAGAGGAAUUGACACUUGAUAAUGCUCAGAGAUUGUAAAAUUUACAUCUUGCCUUGUGUUUUAUUAUUAUUUUAAUUGUUUUAUUAUUUUUAAUCGUUACUUUUUACGAGUGAAUUUUUGCCAAGCAAAACACCUACGCAAUUUUUGUAGUAAAAAUAAAAAAUUAAAAAAACGGUAUUGUGUAAUGAAGAAUAUGAAAAAAAAAAUAAUAAUAAUAAUAAGGAAAGAAAUUAAUGAUGUAGAAAGAUUAAUAGAACUUUUUAAAAAAAAAGUCGAGUCAAGAUCUCUUCAUAUUUAGAGUAAAAAUUAAUUAAUAUAUUCUUGUUAAGAAUCAUGAUCAUCAUAUGUAAUCAUCGCCAUUAUAAUAUACAUAUAUAUUUAUAUAUUUAUAACAUAUAUUUAUAUUGUAAUGACAAAUGUAUUUAUCAAUAAUUAUAAUUUCUUAUUUACUGCGAUAACAUUUUUUUAAUUUACUUUAUCUACUUUUAAUUGUUUGUACAUUUUAUAUAGUUCAAUUUAAACAUGAUUUUUUUUUUUCACAAAAUUUUUAUCCACAUCACUCUUUAUUAUUAUUUAUUAUUUAAUUAUUCUACAGUGUAUUGCUAUGAAAAAAUUGUCAUUUAAUUUAUCGCACUCAAACAAAUUGACACAAAAAAAAAAAAAAUACACAUCUAUAAAUAUACAAAAUACUAUGGUUGGCAGGGCUGCUGAAGUUUUUACCUCAUAUUCACUCUUCUCUCGCUAUUAUGCUUUCCAAUCACUCUUUCACCCUUUACGAUUAACAAAUAUAAAAAAAUGGUGACUGAAUAAUAGUUAAAUU